UAUGUCUCACAUCAAAACAAAAACAAAUUGUGUAUCGUGAUUCUGCUGAAAGUUGUUGGAGGGGGGAUGUUGAUAUGUGUGGCUUUAUUCUAAGCCGCUUUGAAUUACUGUUCGCGGACUGGCAAAAUAUUACAUGAAAAGUCCGAAUUGUGUCUGCAGUGUUCGGAUACGCCCAAAUAAAACAUAUUACUGAAGAUGUGCCCCUCCUUUAGAGACCCCUAAUAAAUCAAUUUCCCAUAUUGCAGAUGACUGUUUUGAUUUGUGACUAAAAAUAAAUAGAGCGUUGAAAUGAUGGAUGAAAUAUGGCUUUCCUUUAUUCUUCAAUAUUGUGAAGUAAUGUGGUAUCUUCCGUCACGAAAUACUGGCUUCAGUAUUCUAGUGAAUGCGAGCAAGUAUGUGGCAACAACUCUGUGGCUUCCAUAUUAUGAAAUUAUCUAGUGUUAAGCGUACAUUCUAUCAAACAACUCAAUGACUGUAAUGCGACAGUCUUCAAAGGAAUAAAAGUUAACGUUGCAGUUGAGCGGCAAACGCUGCAACCUUCGUAGCUAUAUAACAAAGCCAUGUAACAGUAAAUAUGCUUAACUAAUCAUCAUCGGAUUCUCAUGCCUACCCGUUUUGCUGUGUUUUGCUCCAGUGUACUAUUUUGUUGCAGGAACCUGGCUUCGUGCAACUAUGAAGGGUGUAGAGAUACGUAAGUUGUCUCCUGGAAAGGCAGAUAACACAUUAAAAUCUAUGUAAAUGGUUUAAAAUGUUCAAGAUGUGAUGUGCUAAAUAGUUAUACACACAUUCCUCAUUUGUUGUUUUUUUAUUGAGUACCAGCCAUUAGAUUGACGAUUAGUCAGGAGUUGUAUGUCAACAAUGCCACGUCGUAAACUACCUCAAACGUUGUAUAAACUGUGCUUGGAGGAAGCAGAAUUGUUAAUAGCAAAUUCUUGUCAGAAUAUUCAUGACAGAUAUGGAAAUUAUGAUGACGAAUUUUGCAGAAUUGCUGCCCAGGAGCUGCAGAGUUACUUACUGCUAAACAUUCCAGGCAUUUUACUGGAUGACAUAUGCGACCGCAGAAGGUUUUCAGCACACAGCACACAGAAUUAUGAUCCACGAAUAAGUCUCUCCAUAUACAUACACAAAAAUAUGAGGAAAUUCUUCAUAAGUGAGACGUCUGAUGAGAAAAAAAUUGGAUCGGGUGACUCAUUCUGGGUAACACAGUUAAGCAAAUUACAAAACAUUGUGGUCCUGGACAUGCAUUUAGCUUGUACAGAUGAGAUAUUAGAAGUUGUGGGCAGAACUUGCUUGAAAUUGGAACAAAUCAAUAUUGUGUCAAGGUUGGAACCAGACAAAGGAAAAAUAAAUUCUUAUCCAUUUAAUGCAUUGAAACUAAAAUUCUUUGUGUCAGAUGAUGGUUUACAUCAUUUGAAAAACUGUAAACUUCUGAAAUACAUCACUAUGAACAAGAUAAUUCGUAGUCAUGUUGGUGGCAAAAUGAUGACACCUGCUGGUAUAAGAGGCCUCGUGAAGUCUCUUCCUCAGUUGCAAUCCAUUUCCUACAAUUACAUGGGUAUUGUUCUUGGUGAAGAAAUGGAUGACAUUGACUAUCUACCUCUUACCUGUAUCAGUGACUACAUUGCUGAUGUUAAACACACUCAAGCUAUUGCAAGGUUGUGUCUUAACUUGCAUCAUUUGUGCUUGGGGGUGCAAAGUGACAUUAUUGCUCCUGAGAUUCUAAAUACUUUAACAAACAGUAGUCUUCAAUUAGUUGUGCUUGAAUUAGACCAGUUCCCAUUUUGUGAUGAGAUGGUUCAAUUCUUGAUAGAAAAAGGAAAAGCUCUACAUAGCCUAAGGUUGCGAUCAGGAAAUAUUUUACACCCUAAGCAUGUACGCAUAAUUGGAGAGACUUGCCCAAAUUUAAAAAGCCUUUCACUCAGAGAGAGAGAUACAUGGAAAUAUUUAGGCAGAGUGUGUGAGAUGCCAAGCAGUUUUACAACAUGCAGUCAAGUGCUUUUCAGUAAUUUAGAAUGUCUUAAAAUUGAAGGUACUGACUGGAUACCUAAAGACAUCAUUCCUCUACUUCUGAUUAAUGCCAAACACAUAGAAAAACUGUCCAUCUUUAAGAGAAACCAUUUUGAUCCAAUAGAGCCUAUUCUUUUCCAUGUCCUAAAAUAUAAUCCUCUUCAUCACCUGAAAAAAUUUUAUUUACUGUUAGGCUGUGAUAUAAAAAUGUGUACAGUUGUGUAUCUUGCUAAGAACUGCUUAAGCAUAAGAGAAUUAGCGUUUUCAAAAUAUGGCACUGAUGGAUCUGCAGAACUGAAAGAACUGAAUGAAGACAUCAAAAGAUUAAAUUUAGAUCUAAAAGUUUGUCCAUUUAAACUAGAGUGAUUUG